AUGAGUCUUACCAAAGGUUUGCUAUAAAUUCUGAUUGUUUUCAUUCUUUAGAGGCACUCUUUCCUGCUGCUCCUUUCGUAGAAAGAGCUAAACGUGUUAAUUUUGGUGCCCAUCCCAAGGGCCGUUAUAUUUUGUAUGGAAAUAAAAAGAAUGUUAUCAUCCAUGAUAUAAUUGUAUGGCUCCGCUUCCAAUAAUUUCCUCAGAAUCACUCAGACAAUGACGUUUAUUUUAACCAUCCGACGGAUGUCCGCUCCGCUAAGUAUUCCCCAAGCGGGUUUUAUGUUGCUUCGGGAGGUAGGUUUAUCGCUGCCAUCGGUAAUUCCUUAGAUAAGUCCGGAAAAGUCCAAAUCUGGGAUGCCACACAAAAAGAACAUUUUAUGAAAAAUGAAUUUUGCCUCCUAUCGGAAAUCAAUGAUCUUGCAUGGUCCAGUGACAGUGCCCGCAUUGCUGUUGGUGGUCGAGGCUCUGAAAAGUAA